CCUCUCCCCGUUUUCCCCCCCUCACGGUCGGAUAAUGUGGACCUUCAAAGCGCUCGGAGUAUGACAAAAGAUUUUAGGAUGCUGGACUUGCUGCGCUCCUCGGUUUGUUCCUCCCGCUUUACUCAAAUGCCAACGCGGUGAAUGCGUCGGACGGAGCUGGACAAGCCCGCUGCUCGAGGUCCGCAUUCAGAAAGUCAACAUCUUUCUCUUUUCUUCAUUUGAUUUCUCUCCGGAGCGACUUGUGAAGGAUGUAACGAGCGAUCCACCUUGCGCAGCCCGACUGUCCUCAUCAAGAUGCAGAAGGGAAUACGACUUAAUGAUGGUCAUGUCACCUACCUGGGGCUUUUGGCAAAGAAGGAUGGUACAAGACGAGGGUGCUUGAGCAAGAAGAGCUCAGACAACACGAAAUGGCACACAAAGUGGUUUGCUUUGUUGCAGAAUAUGCUCUUUUAUUUCGAGAACGAGUCCAGCUCUCGGCCCUCGGGAUUAUACCUGUUGGAGGGAUGCAUAUGCGACAGGGCGCCUUCGCCGAAACCUUCACUGUCAGCCAAGGAGUGUUUGGAAAAGCAGUAUUAUUUCACAGUCAGCUUCACCCAUGAAAACCAGAAGGCACUUGAGCUGCGCACAGAAGAUGUAAAAGACUGCGAUGAAUGGGUGGCUGCAAUAUCACACGCCAGUUACAGAAACUUGGCUACCGAGCACGAGGGUCUCAUGCAGAAGUAUCUUCAUCUGCUUCAAAUCGUGGAGACGGAGAAAACAGUUGCUAAGCAACUUCGACAACAGAUAGAAGAUGGGGAAAUCGAGAUUGAAAGGCUUAAGUCGGAGAUCGCCGGGCUGCUCAAAGACAAUGAGAAGAUCCACGCCAGCCCCGCAGCCGCCCCUACCGACGACGACUCUGAAAUCAAGAAGAUCAAAAAGGUCCAGAGCUUCCUGCGGGGCUGGAUUUGCCGGAGGAAGUGGAAGACCAUCAUCCAGGAUUAUAUCCGCUCACCUCACGCGGAAAGCAUGAGGAAGAGAAACCAGGUUGUGUUCAGCAUGGUGGAUUCGGAGGCGGAGUACGUCCAGCAGCUUCACAUCCUGGUCAACAACUUCCUGAGGCCUCUGCGCAUGGCCGCCAGCUCCAAAAAACCACCCAUCACCCAUGAUGAUGUUAGCAGCAUAUUCCUCAACAGUGAAACCAUCAUGUUCCUGCAUCAGAUAUUUUACCAGGGUCUAAAAGCCAGAAUAGCAAGUUGGCCAACAUUAGUACUGGCUGACCUCUUCGAUAUCUUACUGCCCAUGCUGAACAUCUACCAGGAGUUUGUGAGGAACCACCAGUACAGUCUGCAGAUCCUGGCUCACUGCAAGCAGAAUCGAGACUUUGACAAGCUGCUGAAACAGUACGAGGCCAAGCCCGACUGUGAGGAGAGGACUCUGGAGACCUUCCUCACCUACCCCAUGUUUCAGAUUCCUCGCUACAUUCUGACUCUCCACGAGCUUCUGGCCCACACCCCCCAUGAGCAUAUAGAGAGAAACAGUCUGGACUAUGCCAAAUCCAAGCUGGAGGAGCUUUCCAGAAUAAUGCACGAUGAAGUGAGCGAGACUGAGAACAUCAGGAAGAACUUGGCUAUCGAGCGCAUGAUCGUAGAAGGCUGCGAGAUCCUGCUUGACACCAGCCAGACGUUUGUAAGACAAGGGUCUCUCAUCCAGGUGCCGAUGAGCGAGAAGGGCAAGAUCACCCGUGGGCGACUGGGCUCUCUGUCUCUGAAGAAGGAGGGGGAGAGGCAGUGCUUUCUCUUCUCCAAGCAUUUAAUCAUCUGCACCAGGGGUUCUGGGGGGAAGCUUCAUCUCACCAAGAAUGGAGUGGUCUCUCUUAUCGACUGCACUCUUUUGGAGGACACUGAGGGGACGGAUGACGAGUCCAAAUCAGACAAGAGCGGCCAGGACAUGGAGCACCUGGACUUCAAGAUCGUUGUGGAGCCGAAGGACAGCCAGUCAUUCACAGUCAUCCUGGUGGCGUCCUCCAGGCAGGAGAAGUCUGCCUGGACCAGCGACAUCAGCCAGUGCAUAGACAACAUCCGCUGCAACGGCUUGAUGAUGAACGCUUUUGAAGAUAAUUCCAAAGUCACAGUGCCGCAGAUGAUCAAGUCAGAUUCAAGUCUGUACUGCGAUGACGUGGAUAUUCGUUUCAGUAAGAUGAUGAACUCCUGCAAAGUGCUGCAGAUCCGCUACGCCAGCGUCGAGCGCCUGCUGGAGAGGCUGACUGAUCUGCGCUUUCUCUCAAUCGACUUCCUCAACACCUUCCUGCACUCGUAUCGCGUUUUCACCACCGCUGAUGUGGUGCUAGAUAAACUCAUCACCAUCUACAAGAAGCCCAUCAGUGCCAUCCCUGCCCGGUCCUUGGAGUUAUUCUUUGCCAGCAGUCAAAACAGUAAACUCCUCUAUGGAGAGCCUCCCAGCUCCCCGAGGGCCAGCAGGAAGUUCUCCUCCCCUCCUCCUCUCGCCAUUGCCAAGAACUCGUCCCCCAACCGCCGCCGCAAGCUCUCCCUCAACAUCCCCAUCAUCACCGGGGGCAAAGCUCUUGACCUGGCUGCCCUCAGCUGCUCCUCAAACGGCUAUGCAAGCAUGUACUCCUCCAUGUCCCCGUUCAGCAAGACCACCUUGGACAUCAACAAACUCUACGUGUCCAGCCCCAUCGCCAGCAAAAUCCCCGACGAGGGCGAGGACAAGAAGGACAAGGCGGAGGACGCGUCGGUGUGCAAGCAAGACCUCUCAGUUCGUGAGGAGAGUGACAACGAUCAAAACCAGAGCGAUGACGGAGACGCAGAGGCGUCUCCCACCAAGUCUCCGACUACACCAAAAAACAUCAAAUGCAAAAAUUCUUCAGAGUUUUCUCUCUUUUCGUACAACAACGGCAUGGUGAUGUCCUCGUGCCGAGAGCUGGACAGUAACCGCAGUGCCCUGUCCGCCGCCUCCGCCUUUGCCAUCGCCACAGCAGGGGCCAAUGAGGGCACUCCCACCAAGGAGAAGUACCGCCGGAUGUCACUUGCCAGCACAGGUUUUCCAACCGAUCAAAGAAAUGGUGACAAAGAGUUUGUAAUCAGACGGGCAGCAACCAACCGAGUCCUGAAUGUGCUCCGGCACUGGGUGUCCAAACACUCUCCGGACUUUGAAAGCAACAAUGAACUAAAGACAAAAGUUAUCGCUUUCCUGGAGGAAGUGAUGCACGACCCCGAGCUGCUGACACAGGAAAGAAAAGCAGCGGCUAAUAUCAUCAGGACUUUAACUCAGGAAGAUCACGGUGACAAUCAGAUCACGCUGGAGGACGUGACUCAACUGGUAGGACAGGGGAAGGCCGAGCCCUUCGAGAGCCACUCCGCGCUGGAAAUCGCCGAGCAGCUCACUCUUCUAGACCACCUGGUGUUCAAGGUCAUCCCAUACGAGGAAUUCUUCGGCCAAGGCUGGAUGAAGAAUGACAAGAAUGAGAAGACGCCAUACAUCAUGAGAACAACAAAACACUUCAAUGAUGUAAGCAACCUGAUUGCCACUGAGAUCCUGCGCUGUGAGGACGUGGUCACUCGCGUGUCGGUCAUAGAGAAGUGGGUGGCCGUGGCUGACAUCUGCCGCUGUCUGCACAACUACAACGCUGUGCUGGAGAUCACCUCCUCGCUGAACCGCAGCUCUGUUUUCCGUCUCAAGAAGACCUGGCUGAAGGUUUCAAAGCAGACAAAAGCAUUGAUUGACAAACUGCAGAAGUUGGUGUCAUCAGAAGGGAGGUUUAAAAACCUGAGGGAGGCUCUGAAGAACUGCGAUCCUCCCUGCGUGCCCUAUCUGGGGAUGUACCUCACCGACCUCGCUUUCAUCGAGGAGGGAACGCCAAACUACACCGAAGACAACCUGGUCAACUUCUCCAAGAUGAGGAUGAUUUCUCACAUCAUCCGAGAAAUCAGGCAGUUUCAACAAACAGCAUAUAAGAUUGAUCUGCAACCAAAGUCAGCCCAGUACCUUCUGGACGUGAGCUCCAUUCUGGAUGAAGAAAGCAUGUACGAAGCCUCGCUCAGAAUUGAGCCCAAAGUGCCCAACUGAAGGGGAACGGGGGUCCUCCGCAUUUAUUCCUCUGUUAAUAUUACACACAUCGGUUAGCACACGGAUCAUCAUUUGUAUAGUUGUACAUGUUUUAAGAUAUUUGCUCUUCUGUACAGUAGGUGUUUAAAAGUUGUUUGACCACACGAAACAUUUUAUUGUAUAUUUUCCGCUGUAUAUUUUCUGUUGCCUCGAGGACACCUGCUUCGACUAUUUUUAUUUAUUUAUUUAAGGUGUUUCCAUAUUAAUAAUAACAAUAAUAAUAAUGAUGAUAAUAAUAAUAAUAGAGGUCACUUUAGUCGCAUGCAGCUGUGUCUUCUUAGUGACCAAUGACAUUAUUUUGACAUCAUGUCAUAUGUGUCGAAUUUGCACUUUCUGAGCACUCGUGCUGCUGGCCGUUGUUCUCUUGGCUUGAGUUUUAUUGAUAACCGAGUUUUUUCUGCAAACCAAUGUAGCAUUGUAAAAAAAAAACAAAAAACGAACUGCAUUAAAUCAGGUAAAAGAGCACAGAGAACACACCUGUAUGUAAAGACAGGGAACAAUGAUCAGUGGACAUGACGGCGAGGUAUCCAAAGCGUAAGAGUCUCUGUGCUUCCCACAACCAAAACAAGAGGAAUUUGUCUCUUUAUUUCUGCUCAUGGCUCUGAAAGCAGAGCUUUUUCCAGCUGUUUGUGCACCACUUUCACUGCUUUUCUACAGGCAGUGUCAGUGUGAAUAAGCCCAAAGGGAGUAUAGAGAAAUGGAGAGAGAGAGAGAUUAAAAAAAUGUGUGUGUAACUACUGCAACCAUGCUGGCAGCUCCAUAGUGUCGUAUCGGCCUUGAAUCUAAUAUCAGCAUGUUCCAGUCACCCAUUAGGAGUUUUAUGCCUGCUUUAUCCAACACUGGAGAUGCAGAAACAUCACAUGUAUUCACUCUUAUUUGUUUUGUGGGAUGAAACCAAACUGCACGCAAGUCCAGGGAGAACAUGCAAACAUCACUCAUGGAAUCGAACCGGGGUUAAAUCACUCGCCUCUCAGUGUGAUGAGAAUGACCGAGCUCUCAUAGAAAGUAAUAAUUCUGCUGAUGAUGAACAUGCUGAUCAUUAGGAACCCCAUCCUUAUCCUUUGUGUUAGCAUGCUCACAUCUGCACCAACUGUCUCCAGGGACAUUGAUGGCUUUCAAACAUCUGCUAAGUUUUGUUUGUGUUUAAAAAAAAAAAGAAGAAAAAGAAUUGUACUGAACAUUGCAAAAAAAAAAAAAAAAAAAAAAAAAAAAAGAGAAGUGCUGAGAAAUUACCAAAGUUGAAAUUAUUCUGAUUGAAACAUUGAGUCUUGAUAUACAGGUGCCUCUGAAAAACUAUCACUGAAAAGACUGAUGUUUUCUCAGUUAUCCUUAAAUCAACUAAAAAGCUAAAGCUUAACUCAUUUCUUAUUGUGGUAUUUAAAGCUUCCAGUUAAACAAAUUUCCUGAGCUUAUCAAACAUUUUUUAAAGAUAAGUAAAAAAAAAAAACUAGUUUGCAAUUUUUUUUUUCAAGUUUUUGCUUCGAGAAACUAAUAAGAGAAAAUUAUAACAAAAACAGUUUAACUAUUUCACUUUAUGUGUGCUACAGCUAAAAUCACUGAACUGACUGUUUGAUUCAAAUGAAGGGCAAAAAUAAUUCUACUGUAUUGUAAACUUUUGAUAUGCACGUGUAAAAUAACUUUCUUACAGUUACUAACGUCAUAUGUUAAGACUAAAUAUGACAACGUGAAACAGUAUGCGAAUGAACUGGCACAAAUACUUCACCUUUAGAGCUCUUCUGUUUUCUGCCCUCUAUGAAAAGUCCUGAAGAGUGAGAUACAGGUGCAUCUAAAAAAAAACAACUGAAUAUCAUUGGAAGGUUUGUUGUAUUGUCAGGUAUUUCUCCACUAAAAAAGUCUCAUACAUCAUAAAAAUUGAUAAUAAAGAUCUGGUAGUAUUUUUGAUCUUUUUUUAUGGCUCGAGCUAUAAGAUAUAAAGCAAAAAAAUGCAAAAAUAAUAAAUGAAAUUGGAUUGUAUAUAAUGAAUCCAAACCACAGGCAGUAAACAUUUCACUGUUUGAAUUAAAUUAUGUGCUUUUUUUCCCCCUGUUGUCGUCUAAUGUUUAUAGAUGCACCUGCACAUGUUUAAAUUGACCUGAAAUUGGGCUGAUAUUGAGAGUUCAGAUGCGAGCCAUCUGAUGCUACGGCAGAGUAAGAAGCUGUGUAACAGCAUACAGUGAUGAAACAAGGUAACUGAUGUGAGAAUGCUUUGUUCAUCCGAAAAAAUCUAAGAAAAAAACAAGCUCCCUGAACAGCAGGGUGAGUUUUCCUUCUCAUGAAAUGUUUCUUCUGUUGUAAGCUCACACUAAAUGACAAAAGAUCACAUGCGAUGGUAAGUGUUGUACCUUCAGGUCCAGGUUCUACUUCUGUAGAGUUAAAGGUUGUUGCUCUUCUGUAAUUAAAAGACAAUCUGUCCUUUUUGCUGUUCCAGUGAUUGUGGAACGUGACUGUAUAUCACACUGUUAUAUGCAUUGCUGUUUUCAAAAAAAAAAAAAAACUGGAAAAAAAAAGCUAUGAUAAAAUGUAUGUGAAUGACCUCUGCCUGCAGCAUUCAGACACUAUUUUUGUAGUAGUAUAUGAGAGAGUGACGACCUGCUCUUUAUAUGAACAUGGGGAAAAAGAUAUUUUGUACUUUGUUGUUAAUUCACUUCACUGAGAUGUGCUGUACAUUUUGUACAUGCAACCCGGCAUAUUUCUCAAUGUGGAACAGUGUGAUCCUUUCGACAGCGAGUUGUAUCUCAAACUUUAACACGAAAUGCUACAGCAGUGUGGUCUUGAAACCAUGACUUAGAGGUCGGAGACAACUUCAAAGUGUUUUGCAUUUAUACUGUAAUCCUGUCUAUAACCAUUUCUGUUAGCAGGAAUAUAGUAACGUAGUGCUUAUUCUGUGAAUAUUUGUAUGUAUUUUUACUAUGUAUGUACAGUACACUUUUGAAGCUCAUGUGUUAGGCAUGCAACUCCUUCACAGACAGAAUAAUACUAUAUACUUAUACUGUAUACACUUAUACAUGCACAUACUCUUAUAAGGUAUAUAAACAAAUAAACAUUUUGCUGUUAGCAAUACCCAGUGGUAUGAAAAUUAUCUUUCAACCCUCAUGUUUCAACAGCUUACAAGAAUAUUCCCAGUUUUGUAAGAAAAUU